AUGCGCUCUUUGCUCCCUUCAAGCCCUGUGAUCAAUGAUCCAGGAAUAUGUGUUGGUACCUUGAGUCUCUGGGACUCCACCACCCAUGAAACCAGUCGACCGCUUGAGGUCUACAGCAACGAGGAGGUUUUCAUUGGACGAGAUGCAAAAAGAUGUUCAUUUCAUCUUACCAAUCCUUACAUCUCGAACAAGCAUAUCCGCAUUUAUACCAUCCUCUUUGACCAAGACAACCUGCAAGAGGUACCUCCACUGAUCUACGCUGAAGAUCUUUCGAUGAACGGGACCUUUUGGAAUGGCUAUCCGAUGGGUAAAGACAAGGGCAGCUUUCUUCUGAGUGAUGGUGACAUCCUCAGAGUAGCUGGCGACACUCAUAUUCGAUUCAAGUCUGCCGAUCCCGACACCGAAAACAAGUUCACCCAGCUACAGCAGCUUGAGAUGCGGAGCUUCCAGAAGAGCUAUGUCAUCACGCAGCGUGUGCUUGGCUCCGGUGCUUAUGGGAGAGUCCACAUGGCCUUCGAUGUGAACACUGGACGGCAAUUUGCUUGCAAAAUCAUCGAUCUCCAGGCUGCCAAAGUCGAGUUCCAGGCUCAAGCCAGGGCCCGGGAGGGCUUGGUUGAAGAAAUGAAGUCCAAGUUCUUUGAAAAACGAUACGGGCCUCUGGAGUCUACAUCCAUGACAGGCAAGAGCUCCACGUUAGAGAGAUUUAUUGUCGCAAAACUAGCUAUGCAGCAGCGAGAGUCACUUCUUCUGGCCCAAUUGUCCCAUCCAAACAUAAUCGCAGCUGAAAAGGUUAUUCGGUCCAGCAAUACGAUCUACAUUUUCACCGAACUUGUUACAUGUGGCGACCUUUUCUCUUAUGUUCGGAAUAAGAGACCCCUCGAAGAGACGACUGUAGCGUUAAUCAUCCGACAGGUUUUGCUUGCGCUGGAGUACCUGCAUGAUCAAAACAUUGUACAUCGAGAUGUCAAGCCUGAUAACAUACUCAUGACCCGUCACGAAGUCGGCGGAAGGGUUGUUCUGGCUGACUUUGGAUGUGCUCGACUGGUGAACCAACCUAGUCAGCGAAUGUCGAGUGUUGUCGGAACUCUGGACUAUUGCGCACCAGAGUUGAAGCACAACAACGCAAAAGGAUACACCAAGGCCGUUGACAUGUGGUCCUUGGGUUGUGUCACCGCGGUUCUAUUGAUGGGUGACACCCCCUUCGAGAACGAGUUGAGGUCCACAGCAAGCGAUCUUGUGAAUCUGGAUCUGGACAUGAGAGCACUCGAUAUCAGUUCACGGCCCAGAAACUUCGUUCGUCGAUUACUCGUUCAGGACGAGGGCCAGCGCAUGAAUGUGAAGGAGGCACUGCGUCAUGACUGGUUUACCAAUCCCACUCAGGCAGAGUGGUUCAAUGAGAUGUACGAUCGUUCAAUCCAGAGUUGGAAGCCUCGAAGCUCCACUGAGCCGGUGAUAGUCGAGCUGGCCAGUUUGAAGAGUGUUCCGGCCAACAACCGGUUGCCCUCGACUUCGGCCUUGACUUUCUCAACCAAGGAAGGUGCGCGCUUCGCGGACGUAGACCACAUUUCCGAGAGCUCAUGGGAGAACAUCCUGCCCACAUGCACCAAACCGUUGAUAUCACCUGCCAUCUCGAACUCGGCACCGAAAAAAUCGUCUCGCCGUUCGCCUCUCAUCUCUCUGGAUCAAAAUUCUGCAAACAAACCAAGAAACCCUCAACAUUACCCGUGUCUCUCGAGCCCCGACUCCGAGGUCAAAUUCAUCAGUCAGGUCAAGCGCGAGCAACUCGACACACCCAAUGUGGAGAGACAUAUUCUGUACGUGUCAUCCCAUGAGGAUCAAAGUGACCAGAGAGCCGGAGAAAAGAGUCAACUGGCACCCAAAGGGGCUACCAAAGCCAAGUUCACUGUGAACACGAAUACAGGAAUGCGGAACUUUUUCAUACCCUCGAGAACAGCUGCGUCUCGCUGUAUUCAUCCUUCGCUGCCAGCCUUCCCGCAAAGACCCGCGAAGGAGGAGAGUGACUUGGCUGAUCAAGUAUUCGAAGAGGUGCGCAACCCUAUCACCGGAAAACGCAAGCGACUCAUCUAUGGACGUGAUAUGGAAUCAUUGAGUCAGAUGCUCUAG